GCGCUAACACCGAGAGGAGCAGGCUCCGGGCGCGGGAGAGGCUCAUUUAGCUCCCCCGACACCCCGCUGGGAUCUCCCUCGCUGCGCUCUGGGUCCCCCGGCAGAGUUCUGAGAAGGAUCAUCAUCAUGAGUUCCAUGGAAGAAGUGGAAACUGAAGAGACAGUAACUUGUCUCCAUAUAACUUUGUACCAUCCUUGCCAAGAAGAAAAGCAGGUGUUUCGCAGCUUAAAAUUCCACAAGCGAGAGCGGCGCAGGGUAGAUGAAGUGGCAAAGUUUGGCCGAGAUUCUAACAUCUGCCAUUAUAAUUUAAUGGAUACCCGUGUUUCCCGGGUUCAGUUUACCCUGCAGUUUUUCAGGCAACUCAACAGCUCAGAACUUGGUUUUGAGAUAAAGAACAUGAGCAAAAAAACCAAACUAAUUGUGGACAAUGUGGAACUGGACUACCUAAACAAAAUUGACCUGCCAUGGAAAUGCAUCAUUCGCUUUGGAGACUACCAACUCUUAAUGCAAAGACAAGAUGGGGACUCAGUGGAUUAUUUUGAGACUUGCUUUGAGUUGGCCCAAGCUUCACUUUUGCAAGAGAGACACCUGCCUUUACUGCAGCCCAUACCUGAGUGUGGCAUUUCUCCUUCUUUGGUCUAUUCCCAAGGAGUAAGACCAAUAGAGGUGGAUGAAAAUGAUUUAUGAUAGAAGGUUGCUUUCAACAGUGUCCAAUACCUAAUUCAGUAUGACUUCAGAGGACCAAAUCUUAUCUCCUCAGUGCACUGCAUUUGUUUUGCUUUCCACAGUUGCCACUGUUGUGUUAUGUAUUCUUCCUCUCUUGCCCACUGUUUAAACAUAUCAGAACUUACUUGUUUACAAACGUCAUUAGACCUGCAUCAUCUUUAUUUAAUGUCCAUCCUGUCUCCUCCCCUCCACUGUCUUAUCUUCUGUGUUUGUCUGUGGUAAAUCCUAAUCAGAGUUAGUGGAUCUUUGCCUGGGCCUAAAGGCUCAUGGUAGCAGAUCCAACUGUAGGACUCAGGCCAUAGAGCAUAAGCUUUUUCAGACAGGGUGUACCUGUCCUAUAGUGCUGCUAUUUGGCCAGGUGUCCUGUAGAUGCUCCCUGCCUCACUUUCCCCAAGUAGGCUAUCCGUAAGUUAAAUGAGGCUUUAUUUAGGGAAUAGCAUCCCUCUGAGGGGGUCUAGUUUAUUAACCAGAGCCUCAAUGAAAAUGCAUCCAAACCUUCACUCCAGUGUCUUAGCUGGGAGACCAUCAAUCUUAAUUUAUCCAUCCCACAUGAGUCCACCAGUCCACUCCAGCAGCUCUCUCGGUUCAGGCUUCUUGCCACGAUCUGGGAAGAAUUCUUUCCCCAGAAUCAGAUCUAUCAGCUGUAGCUCUUCUCUGUAGCAGCAUGUAGUUUCUGACAGCCUGGCCAUUCUGUGUCUCAGGCUACAUCUACACUACAGGGGGGCGGUCAAUUUAAGAUACGCAAAUUCAGCUACGCGAAUAGCGUAGCUGA